AUGGCGUGUACCGAUACUCAGAAAGUGUUGUUUGGACCUCAUAUGUUGUAUGAAGAAGUUAAGAAUUGGUGGGAGAAUACCCGCCAAAGAUUGGAAGUUGUUGGAAUUGCUAUUACUUCGAGUAAUUUUAAGAAUGAGUUUUUGGACAAGUAUUUUCCAGCUGAUGUUUGCAACCAUAUGGAGAUUGAAUUCUUGGAGCUGAAGCAGGGUAACAUGUAUGUGGCUAACUAUGCAGCCAUGUUCGAGAAGCUAUCCAGGUAUUGUCCUCACUAUAAUGGUGUAGGUGCUGAAGGUUCCAAGUGUGUGAAGUUUGAAAGUGGUUUGUGUCCAGAGAUCAAGCAAUUUAUAGGAUAUCAGGAAAUUAGCUGCUUCUUAGUGCUGAUUAACAAGUGCAAGAUUUAUGAUGAAGACAUAGAGCAAGAUCUACUCACUAUAACAAUGUGA